AUGGAUCAAGGAAAAUCUGUUCUAAAACCUCAAGCAACAGAUUCUUCUAUCAAAUCACAAGAUUCGGUAAAGGUUGAAUCAGAAACAAUUGUGGAUCUAUUGACUUGCGUUAUUUGCAACAAAAUCUUUAAGGAGGCUACCACAAUUAAUAUCUGCCUUCACACAUUUUGCAAGAACUGCAUUUAUCAAAAAUUUCAAGAGGAAGAAAGCAAAUGCUGCCCAUUAUGCAACAAGGACUUGGGGUCCUCUCUUGAACAAUUUCUAAGAGCUGAUGAGAAAUUGAAUAAUAUUGCAAGAACAAUUUUUCCCCCCAGCAACUCUAGAAAAAACAAUGCGAGAUCCGCAACUUCAAAGCUAAAAAACAAAAGUCCGGAAGUUACCAACGCCUGUGCAACUAGAACAGAAGCCGUGCCUCAAGAUAUAUGUACGUUGCAAAAAACUACAAGAAAAUUUCAUGAUGGUAGCCGUGUUGCAGGAAUGAAAGGUCAUCUGGAUCGGACAUCUUCACAUGACAUCUAUGAUUAUUUGUCAACAGUUUCUAAGGAGAAGCAAAUUUCUACUAUGAUGCCUAAAUUUACUUGUCAUAGAAACAAUGUGACAUCUGCAACUUCAAAGCUAAAAAACAAUAGGUCAGAGGUUACUAACGCCUGUGCAACUGGAACAGAAGCCGUGCAUCAAGAAAAAUUUCUUGAUGGUAGACGUGCUGCAGGAAUGAGAGGUCAUCUGGAUCGGAGAUCUUCACAUGACAUCUAUGAUUAUCUGUCAACAGUUUCGAAGGAGAAGCAAAAUUUUACUAUGAUGCCUGACAUUACUUGUAUGUCAGAACGUAACACUCACAAGAAUUUUUCUGAGGCUGAAACAAAAUCCAAAGUGCAAAGAAAGAAGAGGACCACGAGGGGAAGAGGUCGGUCGUCAUCUUAUGGCCAAAAGAAAAACAAAGAAAAGAUUGAGCAUAAGAAUGUAAAAAUCAGUUCAGAUGGUGCUUAUGGAAUCAUGGACUCAGGAGAAUCACAUGAUAAAACUUCAUCUGAAGAAGAGCACUCUGAUAAAGGGAAAAUUCAAACAAUUUGGUUGCAUCUGUUUCCCCGGGCCGAUGAGUAA